AUAGGGUCCCCAGGUGGGUACCCUAAGGUAGAAAAAACGAUCCCUACCCAUAAGCCCCCAUGUGCCUAUAUCCACGUGGGACCAUAAUGCAUAGCCGGCUUUUUUCCUUGUGCUUCAAACCAUCGAAGGUAAGUUUGUUUAUAUGCCACUUUUUUGUCCAUUUUCUUCAUCUUCCACAGUUCUGGUCUCUCAAAAAACCUCGAGGGAUAACAAGGUGUUAUCCACAAACAACAGGUCAAAUGUACGACCCAGACGCGACAUCACAAACAUGGAAAGCUACUCCGUCAUCUGCAAAAUUCCUUGAAACUAACUUUCGAAGGAAACUAUCCUAUGACCAAKUAUUAAACAUACUUGAUAACUGGUCAUCUCCGGAGGUCGAAGCUUUAUCAGCUCCUAAACCAGACCAGCAGGUCCUUGGCCAGGUUCCUCAAAAAAUGAAAAAAUUCGUUCAAGAAAGAGACAAGGAGCUAUUCACAGUGCAAAGAGCCAUGCUCAACUCCACAGCACCUCUCUGCAGUCUACAUGAUUGCUUAGAGUCAGGGGAUAUCCCUUCAUCGGAUGAUAUGAAGACUAUCCUAGAACAGACCUUGUGCCUUUUGGGUUCAGCAAAUUAUCAGCUCUCAUGCUUGCGUAGACAGAGAAUUUUAUCUGCCAUAAACAGGUCAAAAAUUAACUUAGCGGAUCAGCCGCUCCCUAAUGCCAAAGGAUGGCUUUUUGGGGAUGACUUUCCCUCGAUUGCCUCAAAACAAGCUKAACUAUCAAGAGGUCUAGCUAAGAACCUCAACCAGUCUUCCAAUAAGGGAAAAGCUAAGUAUGGUAAUAAUGCCUCUAAUGGUGUUAAAAACCRCACUGUUUAUUUMUCCUCUAAGUACCAUUCAAAUAACCAAUCCAGCUAUCAAAGUGGUUCACAAAAAUAUCAGCACCGUCCAAAAAACCGGCCUUUUCGUCCCUCAAAGGGACGGCAGGCCGAAUCUCAGGAUGYAUAGACACCUGGAGGACCAUUACUUCAGACCAAGACAUCCUAARCAUUGUUUCGGGGUACAAAAUCRUGUUUUCAAAAAUCCCUGUUCAACGUUCGCCUCGKGUAUCCCGAGCAUCGGGAGUAGAGGCAGAUCUGUUAUCUCAAGAAAUCAACGAGUUGCUAUUGAAAGGAGCAAUUUUAAAGGCUMCUACGUUAGAAAAAGGCUUUUUCAGCCGUCUGUUUGUUGUUCCCAAAAAGGGCGGGACUCUGCGCCCGGU